AUGGCCGCCAAUCAGUACUUCAACUCGUUCCAGCCGCAGGCUUCGCAUCACGACCAGCUGCCUACAUACAGUGAUGACGGCUUUCCGCAGCAUCCCCAGACUGCAAGCACAAAGCCAUUACCAGAAGGGCCUCCACACUCGCCGACCCUGUCAGCGUACGACUCACACAACGGUCCCUACGGCCGUCGACAUAGCCAGGCUUCGUUCACAGACGAAACCGCCUUUAUGGGGGGCAGGAAUCAUCCCAACGACCAAUAUGGAGAAGACAUUCCGCUGAAGCCAAAUGUCCAGCAGUCGCAGGAUCCGCACUGGAUGAAUCAGAACACGGCUUAUAACUCGGAUAUGCCCAUGGAUCCAGACAUGAGCCAGAGAAAGCGACGUGGACGGCCGGCAAAGCGUGGCUUUUUUAAGGGGAAGAUUCCCUGGGUGACGUAUUUGUUGACAAUUAUCGAUAUCGGCGUUUUUGUUGGAGAAUUAAUCUACAGUGCAAAACUCACUGGCAGUCCUAUCGAAAUCCAUCCAACCUUCAACCCUAUGGUCGGCCCAUCCCCCUACGUGCAAAUCAACAUGGGCGCCCGGUUUGUCCCCUGCAUGAAAAACGUGCCCGGCAUCCAAAACGCAAGCAUCCCCCUCCCCUGGAGCUGCCCCAACACGACCACAUCCGACUCGAAUGCUGCCAGCAACCAGUGCACUCUGUCCGAACUAUGCGGCUUCAGCGGCGUGCCGAACCCGAAAGCAAACGGGUCCAUCGACGACCGCCCUGAACCAAACCAGUGGUUCCGGUUUAUCAUCCCCAUGUUCAUGCACGCUGGGCUGGUUCAUAUUGGCUUCAACAUGCUAAUGCAGAUGAGCAUGGGCGCCGACAUGGAACGCACCAUUGGCUGGUGGCGGUAUGCGCUGGUAUACUUUGCCAGCGGUAUUUUUGGUUUUGUGCUAGGCGGCAACUACGCAGCGCAGAUAAUUUCCUCGACGGGGGCGUCUGGCGCGCUCUUUGGCAUUUUGGCGCUUUUCCUGUUGGAUUUGUUGUACACGUGGAGGGAACGGCGCAGUCCGUGGGUUGAGCUCGUGUUUCUGAUUCUCGAAAUCGCCAUUUCAUUUGUGCUAGGACUACUCCCGGGUCUCGACAAUUUCUCGCAUAUUGGCGGCUUUAUCAUGGGAUUAGCCAUGGGCCUGUGCAUGAUGCGCUCGCCCAACUAUAUCCGCGAACGCAUCGGUCUCGAGCGAAUGCCAUAUGUCGAGAUGAGCGGCGGCGCAGGACCCCCGCGACCAGAGAACAGAAGCAAUAGCAAAGUCGAAGACAACGACGAGUUCAAAUACAACAAACCGCUGUCCUUUUUCAAGGGGCGCAAACCGCUCUGGUGGGCGUGGUGGCUGGUCCGCGUUGGCUCGCUGGUCGCUGUGAUUAUUGGGUUUAUUCUGUUGAUUACGAAUUUUUACAAAUAUCCCAAGUCGAAUUGCUCAUGGUGUUACCAUCUGAGUUGCCUGCCCGUCAAAAACUGGUGCAGCAUCGGCAAUCUCAAUUUGACAACAAGUUGA